AUGGCUGGUCAAACGUUGAUAAAUAAUAACUUGGCGCUGGGGGCGGGAACUGGAACCAUUCCACAAUCGUCCCCGGCCGUCACCAGGUCGUUAGAUCCGGAGUUCGAAGCGGAAGGGCCGCCACCAGGUUUUGAUAAUAUCACCACCGUCUCUUCCCAGACCGUGGUUACAAACCCUUUCCUCUAUAUGCCCUCACAAGCAACACCCGGACGGAUGGAGGGGACGGGCGGUAACACAUUUGCCCCAGGGACUACUGUUUUUUCACAGGCUUCACGCCUCUACUCCACUCCCGUCAUCACUUCGGCGAGCCCCAGUAUCUUAGUAUCAGAAACUAGUACUCCCCAAUACUACCAGCCGUUGGUUUCUAACCCAAUGCCGCCGUUAUACUCGGCCGCGCUUACGGCGGCGUUAUCUACACCACCUCAUCAGCCGAUCAUCAUGCCAACGGGGGUAAUGAAUGCCCCUGUCACACCAGGAAAUCAAAUGUAUUUCCCGGGGUAUUGCUAUGCGCCCCCUUUUGGGUAUUUACCCUCAUACGGGGGAACAGCUUAUCCGUUUCAGGGAACAGCGCAAGGAAGCUCUCAAUCGCCGUACGCGGCUUACAUGCCGCCAUGGUGGAACUUUCCGACUCCACAACCAAUGUAUACCCAAGCGCCAACUGAACCUGUGCACGACAGAGAAAAUGCGAUCAGACCCCGGAUGACCCCUUUGGAAAACUCCGGUCUGGGGACAGGACCUGCCCCGGGUGUGAAUGUUCCACCUGCACAGCCCGUGAAUGUGGAAGAAGACGAAUUAACCAAGCCGUACAAGCCGGUAGACGCAACAUUCCGAUCCAAAUUCACUCGUAGGAUCGCCGAAGCCCCUAUCAAAGAAAAACCAAAAAUGCCCCAAACGGUCGGUAAGUACGAUGGCCUCACUGACCCGGACGACCAUCUUAAUUUAUUUAAGAGCGCGGGUGAAGUGGCCUGCUGGCCCAUGCCCCUAUGGUGUAAAAUGUUCGUACAAACCUUAGUGGGAGCGGCACGAGUAUGGUGGGACAGCUUACCCACGGGCGAGAUAGACAGUUUUGAAGAUUUGGAGUCAAAGUUCAUCCUACAGUUCAGUCAGCAGCGCCGACACACGAAAGAUAGGAACAAACUCCUUCAUAUUCUUCGUCGAGACAAUGAGACGGUAGAAAACUUUAUCAUCAGGUUCAACAAAGAAAGCCUGGCGAUACCAGGCGUCACCAACGAUCUGGCAUGUGGAGCAUUCCUCCAAGGGGUUAAUGAUGACGAACUACUGAGAACACUACAUGGAAGGGACGGGGUACCCCCGACCAUAGACGAGAUACUGCGAAUAGCCAAAGUAUAUGUUAUACAGGAAAAAGCAGUAGCGGCCAGCCACGCGGCCAAUAGAAAGAAAGAAGCUCUAAAAAAUCAGGAGGAAAAAGAUCACCGGGGGUCCAAAAGCAAGCACAGGGGAGACCGAUAUCAGCGAAACGACAAGGACUCGCGGUAUGACAGACACCGAAGCUCCUAUUCAAGGAAUGAGACGUCAAAACCUCGGUCUGAAUAUCCCAAUUUAAGCAAGACCCCGGCAGAGAUUCUUGCCUCAGAAAACCUCAGGCUCAACCCACCAAAACCACUGAAAGACAACCCGAACAAAGAUACGAGUAAGUACUGCGAGUAUCACAAGGGGAGCGGGCACGAUACCAACGACUGUUUCCAGCUUAAGAAACAGAUCGAAUAUUUCGUAAAGUCGGGAAAAUUGGCACACCUAGUGCGAGAUAUCAAACAAGGCCCGCCCGUGGUCAAGGAAGAGAAAGACAAGGCGGCAGGUAAAAGGCCGCGUGAGUUGAACAUGGUUCGUGCCGACAUAAUAAGGGGGGCGAAGCGGAGUUUCUCCACGCUCGAACCUUGGAUGUUGGCAACAAUGACUAUAGAACCGCGAAUGGAAGAUUUGCAUCUUACCACGGACGCCCUGAUCAUUUCCGCGGCGGUAGGAGACUACCGCAUGAGGCGAAUCCUAGUCGACACUGGAAGCUCAGAGGAUAUCAUCUACGAACAUUGCUUUAACAGAAUGCAACCAGAAGAUAAAAAGCUGCUUGAAUCAGUACACGCCCCUAUCAAAGGUUUCACAGGAGAGAAGGUUGAUCCUAUUGGUCAAAUCACUUUCCCGGUAACUUUCGGGCAAGCACCCAAAGAAAGAACCAUACUACUAACCUUCCUUGUGGUCCGCGCUGAGUCAUACCACAAUGUGAUUAUCGGAAGGUUCACCCUGGGAAAGUUAGACGCCAUAGUCUCCACGGCGAGAGGUUUUAUGAAGUUCCCAACACCACAAGGUAUCGCUACCGUAUUUCGCGAUAGAAUCGGAGAAGUAUUGGAUACCAAACGAUGUCGCCAAGGGCCCACGGGGGCCACGGGACCAGAAAGAUGGGUAUUGAGCACGCGCCACCCGGACCAAAUGGUCACCAUUGGGGACACUCUGUCCCCAGAAGUAAAGAACGAUUUGAAGCAAUUGUUAAAAAGAAAUGCAGACAUCUUCGCUUUCGAGCACUCCGAUAUGACGGGAGUCCCCCGCGAUAAAGCGGAACAUAAGCUCGCCACACUCCCAGGCGUUAAGCCAGUCGCCCAGGGUAAACGCAGCAUGGCCCCGGACCGCCGGGCGGCGGUCGUUAAGGAAGUGCGCAAGUUAGUGGAAGCUGGAAUUCUCAGGGAAACGCAGUACCAUACUUGGGUGUCCAACCCGGUCAUGGUAAAGAAACCAGAUGGCACAUGGCGAAUGUGCAUCGAUUUCAAAGACCUAAACAAGGCGUGUCCAAAAGACGCGUACCCGUUGCCCGAGAUUGAUUUAAAGGUCGAUUCCCUGGUACCCUAUCGAUUCAAGUGUUUCCUAGACGCGUAUAAAGGGUACCACCAAAUCAAAAUGUCCAAAGAAGAUGAAGAGAAAACAGCGUUCCACACCGACGUUGGCAUCUUCUGUUACACCAAAAUGCCUUUCGGGCUACGGAACGCAGGAGCUACCUACCAGAGGCUCAUGGACAAGGUGUUCGAAAAACAGAUCGGGCGAAAUUUGGAAGUCUAUGUAGACGACCUUGUAAUCAAAAGCAGCGAAGAGAAACAAAUGUUGGCAGAUAUAGAGGAAACUUUCCAGCGACUCAGAGAGUACAACAUAAAGUUAAACCCAAAGAAAUGUUCGUUUGGGGUGGAAGAGGGGAAGUUCCUGGGGGUAGUAGUCACCCGAGACGGUUUUAAAGCUAACCCAGAGAAAGUAACCGCCAUAUCGCGAAUGCCUUCUCCCCGAACGCUGAAGGAAGCUCAAGCCCUAAAUGGACGACUGGUAGCAAUCAACAGGUUCUUAGCAAGGCAUGCUGAAAAGUCAUUGCCAUUCAUAAAAACGCUAAAAGAUUGCCUCGACAAGAAGAAUUUCAAAUGGACCAGCGAAGCGGAACAGGCUCUGCUGGAAAUGAAGCGUUUCAUAGAAAGGUUACCCACGCUGACCGCGCCUAGACCCGGUGAAGUGCUAAAAAUGUAUUUAGCGGCAGCUCAUACGGCGGUGAGUGCCGUGCUCAUGGUCGAACGAGAAGGGAAACAAACACCAAUAUACUACAUAAGCCGGGUGUUAGCGGGGCCGGAAACGCGCUAUCCUACACUGGAAAAGCUAGUUUUAGCAUUAGUGCACGCCACGAGGCGAUUAAGAAGGUACUUUCAGGCACAUCGCGUACAAAUCUUAACCAACUAUCCGCUACAGCAGGUCCUGCACAAACCAGAGGUCUCGGGCAGGUUGGCUAAAUGGGCCAUCGAGCUGGGGGCCCUAGAUAUCGAAUAUCAGAAGCGAACGACGGUUAAGGGGCAAGUGAUUGCUGAUUUCUUAGCCGAAAUACCGGAAGGAGAGGUCGUUACGGACCCGGUCAUCUAA